GUCGCAUGCGCACCACGCAACCCGUCCCUAAGCGCAGACGCAUCGAAACACGCGCGCGGGAAAACUUACGGCCGCGCUUUCUUCGGCGCUCGCGGAAAGCUUCGAACUUUGAUCUGAUCAGUGCCAGUGUGGAUUUUUAUUUUUUUCGCAGUGAUUGAUUUAUUGUUUAGAGGAAAAAACAAUUGUUGGUUUUUUGUCUUGCGUCAGCAAGGUAAUCGGGGCAGAUAGCAUUAACGGUUGGCUCCGCGCUCGAGUGUGGCAGACCGCAAGCAUGACGAGCGCCCACGGCUGCGCUCUCGUGCUGCUGUUGCUGAUACAAACUGCGUGCACACAAGAUUACGAUGUCACAGACAUCCAAUGCACAUUCUCAAGCGGCGGGUCGGGCAUCCGUGACUCGGUGACAGCACUCCUGCGCAAGCCCGAAGGCUUCCGAGGGGCGCCGCUGUUCGCCGACGACCGCGCCACCGACCCCCUGGCCGACCCCGUGUGCCAGAUCCGACCAGAACCUGACGACCAGACGGAACUGCUGUACAGGCUACGAAUUACAGACUUCACGAGGUGCGGGGUGCUGAAGAGGAAUGGUUUCGUGCACGUCCGAGUGUGGUUCCCACAGUUCCCCGGGGUGGUGAUGCAGUCGGACCAGGAGCUCAUCAUCAUGUGCAAGCCUCCGGAACCCACCAUCAUCGAGAACAAGGCAGCUGGCUUCGCUGGCAGUUUCCCCCACGGAGCGCGUGUGUCCGGGGUGGUAGAAGAGACGCCAGGUCGGCUGGAGUACGAGGUGGCGCUGUACAAGGAGGCGCCGCCGGUCACGCGCCACUCCAACCACUCCGUCGACCUGCCUGUAGACCAGGUAACUGCUGCGGUACCGAUCGGCACAAAGCUUCAGUUGCGCGCGCGCAUCAACCCCGAGUCAGCAUGGCGCCACAUCAAGCUGCUGGAAGUAGCCGUCUCUCCUGACCCAGACCGCCCGCACGCUGCUGGCUCCGUACUGCUGGUCAAAGAUGGCUGCCGUAACCGCGAGUACGCAACCAUCAUCCCGCACCAGCCGGCGCGCUACCGGGAGCGGCACAACGAGGUGUUCCUGGACUUCGAGGCCUUCCUGCUGGCCUCCAUGAAGGAGCGCUCCACUCUCUGGAUCCACUCGCAGAUCAAGGCGUGCAUGGACGCCGCUGACUGCCAGCCCGAUUAUUGCCUGGACUUGUAUGAACCCUCGGGACACGGCCGCAAACGCAGAUCUCUCCCUGACGCGGAACACACCUACAACAUCACCAGCUCUGCGCUGGUGUCAGACAACAAUAGUACGCCCUUCACGCGGUUCAAGGAGAACCUCGAGUACACCGUGGUGAUGCCAGGGGAGCUGUUCCACCGGACUCCGCUGGAAGCCACCUGCGCGACUUCCAUGAUGGUUGCAGUGGCGCUGGGAGCCUUGCUCUUUAUGUCCGCGCUUUUGAUGUGCUAUCUAGCAACCAAACUGAACUCAACGAUGAUCAAGAACAGCAGCUUACAAGCCCCCAACGGGAAGGGCUUCGAACAGAUCCUGAGGGAGCUGGCGCACCACUCGCUCCCUGACUCAGGAUACGCUGGGAGACCCACUGUACAAUAACACAAAACUUAAAAUAUAAUUAACCUCACUCGCUUGAAUACGAGAAACUUCUUGCCUAUAUUCUUAUUCUAUGUAUAAUUUUGGGGUUAGAUAAUUUUACAUUCCUAUAAACUAAUAACAUCCUCUUUCUCUAAACUGUAUCUACACAUCCUCAAGAAAAUAAGUGACUGGUAAUUUUAAAAGAAA